AUGGACCUCGAUUCUGAUGAUCAAUAUGAUGACACCAACCGCGCCUUUCUCCAAGCCUUGAUGGGCCGCGGCCAAAUCACCGUCGAGGAAGGCAAAAAUAUCCUCGCAGCAAUCUUCACAGCACAGUCAAAUCAGGAAGUGACCCCUGCCCAAGUAACGAAAGAAGAUAUCGACUCCUACAUGGCCGCUGCAGCUGAUGCACUAUCACCUCUCGACUACGAAAUUCGCAGCACGCUCCACCAGCACACGAAGCAUCGGAUCUAUGCGGUUGUGAACAGUAUUAGCGAUCCGCUUACGCAGAUGACGACUACGAGAACAAGCGAAGAGAUGUUCUAUAUCAAGCGGUUGCUAGAUGCUAUGUUCGAGACGAACAAUACGAAGAAUAGGGAAGUUAUGGCAAUUACGGGUAUGCAAGCGCUAGAGAAGCGGGUCACCAAGGGCUCCGGUCGACGAGAUAGUGAAGAGCAUAGCCAACUUGCUGUAGACAAGGGCGUCACGGGCGAGCAAGCCGAGAAGCUGUUAGCUGGGUUGGUUAAAGAGAAGUGGCUCGAGCACAGCCGAAAUGGGUACUACACGCUAUCUCCACGGGCGUUGAUGGAGCUGCGGAGCUGGCUGGUUGAUGCUUAUAACGAGGAAACGGACGAUGGCGACGAUGAUUGGCAGAGGAUCAAAUUCUGUGAGGCUUGCAAGGAGAUUGUUACUGUUGGUUUACGAUGCGCGAAUUCGAAUUGCAAUGUCAGGUUGCAUAAUAUCUGUGAAACGGCCUUCUGGAAUUCCAAGCCUAGCAAGCAGUGUCCUACCUGCAAUAAGGUGUGGGAAGGGAAGCAGUAUGUUGGGGAGAAGGUCAUUACAUCUCUGGAGGCAAAAAUGAGGGACAAGAGGAGAAGCGGUGGUGCGGCUGCGGCUGCGGCUGCGAAGAGAAGCCGUGCUGCUGACGAAGACGAAGACGAAGAAGAACAGCAAGAUAGCGGUAAUCGGAAAAGAAAUCGACCUGGUGUUGACGCGGACGAGCAGCCGAGUGGUGAUCGUAGGAGAAGCCGGCAAAAGACUCCGGAAGAGGAUGAGGAGGGAGAAGAGGAGGAAGAGGAGGAAGAAGAAGAAGAAGAAGGGGAAGAAGAAGAAGAGGAACAAGAGGAAGCUGAAUAA